GGAACAACGCCCUUUUCUCGCCCCUUCCCCGCCGCUCCCCCCGUCGGUGGUCGGCGGCGCCCCGCGGCGGGGAGGUGGCGCGGCUGGAGGGUCCGCGCAUGCGUUUUGAGGGCUGCAUCGUGAAAUGGCCCAGGACACUACAGUGCCUAAAUUGAAUUUCAAAUUUUGGCUGGAUAAAGCUAUUGAGUGGGGUCAGGCCAACACUUUGGAAUCCCAGACAGAUGUCUGUCUUCAUUUGCCCCAGUUGCAGGAGUUUCUGCUUCAGACUUACGAAACUCUCAAACAAAUGAAUUCAGUUGUAGCAAUUCAGCAGUUCCCUUUAAUUGGCCAGUUACUAGGAAGGCUUUGUUGGAAUCCUUUUGUUAUAGGAUAUGGUGAAAGCCAGAAGACUCUGAUGUGGUGCUUAUGUUGUCUGUACAGCAGUGAACCACAGAGCCUUGUAGAAUUGAAGGCCAACAGCUGGAUACGAAACUUACUGUGCCAUCUCCUUUCUUCUUCUAAAUGGGAAAAAAACGAGGCUGAAACCAGUACGUUCAUAUCAGCUCUUGGCUACACAUCAGCAGAUUAUUAUUGUCACUUGGUUGAAAAUAUCGUCUCUUCAUUAGUAACAGAACUCAGAGGAAAUCAAUGUAGUGAACUUAACAUUCAGGGGAGAAUUUCAAUCAGUCAUGUGAAUGCUGUGUCCCUUUUCUGUCUCCCACUUAUUACUUUGCCUGAUUUAACUCCAUUGCUGGAAACUCUUCUUGUUUACCAUGGGGGAGCAUCGAAAGAAAUUCUCAGCUCAGAGUUCUUGGAGGCUGUGAAUGAUGCCUUUUUAAAGAAGAAGAUCUCCCUUUCCGAAUCAGCUAUCUUCAGCCUCUGGCAUCGUCACUUACCAAGCCUUGAAAAUGCUACAUUAAGUCUUUUUGACCAGCUGAUAUCCCUUCAGAUAAAUUCUUUGGAAAAAGUGGCUUGUGUCAUAAAAGAUUCACGUCUGACACAAGCUGCAAGCCACCCUGCCAUUUUUAGAAUUGUUAACGAAAUCUUCAAGAAUGUGCUGUUGGAAACUGAUGGAGCUCCUGAAGUUAUGACCAUAAUACAAGUAUUUAUACAGCUCUUCAUUCAGGUUCAGCAGAAUGAAAACAAGCAGCAUAAAUUUCCUCUGAAGGCCUACUUCCCUCACCAUCACCAGCCUCUUGUAAUAGCUUUACUAAGACGCCCUUUUGAAUUGCCAUCUACACACUGGCUGCAGCAUUUGAAACAUAUUUCAGAUAUGCUCAAGUCUAUAGUAGAAGAUACAAACAUUAGCUCUUUUGCUGACCUUUAUGAAAUCUGGUUUUUGGUUGCUUGUUUUGGAGAAUGGCUGGAUAUUGCAGCAGAACAAUUAAUGAAAGCAGCUGUAGCCCCAGAUGCUUUGCUGUGGCUGUUGUCUUUCUACUACUGUCCUGAGAAUGAAGACCAACAAAGGACUCAAACAAUGGUAGAAUCUCGAGCAGUCUACAGUCAUCUAAUGAUGUUCUACAACCGUACUGUCCUUUCAUUUGGAGAGCUGCAGGCUUCUGUAAACAGUAUAGCAGAUACAGAACAAUAUCCUACCCAAUGUCUAAUAACACAUCUUCUCACCAACUUUUUACUCUUUUCUUCUGGAGGACACAUGAUUGCACAGGAAUUUAUUUCCCAUAUUACUGAGACAACUGACAUGAGCAAGGAAGUUAGUAGCCUUCUUAUCCGUACUGCAUACAGAAUUAAACCUAAUGGAGGAGAAAACCAAAGGACUGUGAAGCUGUUGAAUGAACUUCUUCAGAAACUAGCAUUGGAAGUUUAGGUUUUCAGUGUUGUCUCUGUCCAGUCAAUAAGUUAGAUCUUUAUGUGUCUGCCUUUCAUGAAAGUCCUGCACUGCAGGUUAGCAAGGGUAGAUAAAAAAAUCUCGUUCCUGAGGAUAUCCCAUAACCUUUUCUUCCCCUGCACUGUUUAGAAAUGUAAACUGUGAGGACAAAAAGAAUUAAAGAUGGUUGAAAACUUU